AGCGCGGACGCUUUUGUCGCGUUCGCCCGUGGCCGCCGAUCGUGUCAUCACUGAUUGUGCGAGAAAGUAGUGCUAAAAGCAAUAGCUUGCGGUUCUCGGGCAAAAGGAAGCCAUGGGGCUCGCGAGGACGGCCGUCUUCGCUGGUUGCCUCCUGUUUCUGACGGUCGACGCCUUGGGCGAUAAAUGUGCAGUCGGCUGUCAUGGAUUACAUGGAGGUAAAGCAUAUCAGGAAGGGCACACAUACGUAUAUGAGUUACACGGAACGUCCGUAACGUCAGUCCCCGAUGCUCAGGGUGACGCUACCUUAAAAUUGAAAGGUACCGUUGAAUUGUCAGUGAAACCUGACUGCAUUCGGCAGAUCCGAUUGAAGGCCGUGGAAAUCAACGGAGCGCCAAUAUCGUUACCAGAUGUUGAACAGCACGCGCUGCAAUUCAAUUACCAUGAUGGCCAUAUCGAUACGCAGGUUUGUGCCGAAGCCGGUGACUCUCAGGCGUCUCUCAACAUCAAGAGAGCUAUCGUCUCUCUCUUCCAGUCAGCCGUCAUCCAAGAUUCUGGCUCUACAACUCAUCACGAGUUCGACGUAUUUGGCGGCUGUCCGACUGACUUUACCUUCCACAAAGACGGCGAGUCGUUAGUCAUUUACAAGGAAAGAAACCUGGGCCGCUGCUCCCAUCGCGAGAACAUCAGGGAAGGACCCGUGUCCGCGAUCUACGAUUCAAAGUCCGAUAUUCAAUCGGCUCCGUUGCUAUCAUCCCACCAGAAGAUUGAACAACGUUUUAAACGCGGUAUCUUGAAUAAGGCGACCUCGGUCGAGACUUACAAACUGAAGCCAUGGAGCAACGGUGAUAUCAGCGCCAAGACGAUCGUGGAAACCACGCUGACUCUUAAGGGCCAGAUAGGCGAUAGUCCGAAUGCUCCCGUCACCCAACCAAAAUCUCUCAUUUUUGAGGCACCGCAUCCCGUCAUCAAGUCUUCGAUUGACGCUAUUGCUGCAGCUCUAAAAGCGGCGAGUUCCGAAGAGCGUGAUAGCGUACAGCAAGAUGCAGCGGAGAAAUUCGCCGAGCUCCUUCGAGUCCUCCGUCUCAGUAGCAAGAAUGACAUUCUCGCCGUCUAUCAGAAAGUGAAGGUCGGUGCUGGUUUUGAUAAAGUUCAGGACAAGAAGAUUUUGCUGGAUGCCCUCUUCCGCACCGGAAGCGGUGAAGCCGCCGAAGUGGUCAUCGAUUUGUUGAAGAGCCACGAGCUCACUGAUAUUCAGACCCUCAUCUUUUACGCGAGUCUCGCUCUCAUCAAUCACGUGAAUUUACCGUCAGUAACCGCUGUCACGUCUCUUCUCGAUCAGCCGAACCUGCCGCGCCUCGGUUACCUCGGGAUCGGUCAAGUGAUCGGAAAGUACUGUCAAGAGCACACCUGCGAUAACGUAGCCGAAGUUAAGCAGGCUAUCCACAAGAUCCGCGAGAAGAUCGGCAACGGAAAGGCGAAGACUAGAGAACAGGAGAACCUCAUAGUCUCGGCUCUUAAGGCGUUGGGAAAUACUCAUUUUCUCGAUGACCCCAGUAUGAAUAAACUAGCCAGCAUCGCCGAGGAUAAGAACGUUCGCAAUCGCGUCAGGGUGGCCGCGAUCGAGGCUCUACCCGUUCGCUGUUCUAUGAAGUGGAAGAGUAUUCUUCUGAAGGUUUUUGCUGAUCGUGAAGAGGAUAGCGAGAUCAGAAUAAAAAGUUAUCUGUCAUUAGUCGACUGUGUUUGCCCGCAUGUUGCCAACAGCGUCAAGGAAACGUUAGAUAAAGAAACGGUCAAUCAAGUUGGAUCCUUCAUUCAGAGUCAUUUGCGUAACCUACGAGCCUCCGCUGAUCCAAGCAAAUCCGAAGCGAAGAGACAGCUCGAUCAGAUUAAACCGCGAACCAAAUUCCCGGAAGAUUUCCGUAAGUUCUCCUUCAACAAUGAAUUAUCGUAUAACGUGGGCGGAAUCGGAGUCGGUUCAUCCGCGGAGAGUAACGUCAUUUACAGUCAAAACAGCUUUGUGCCACGUUCGGUGAACUUGAAUCUAACCGCUGAGGUAUUCGGCAGAUCUUUUAACUUCUUAGAGCUCAACACGCGUGUCGAGAACCUUGAUAGACUGAUCGAGCACUACUUUGGGCCUAAAGGUCGUUUGACGCAGGAUGAGGUGGAAGACUUGGUGGAGAAAGGCGUGGAUAAGGUCGAGGAUAUUGCAAAGUACGUUAAACAGAAAGUCAGCAAGUUGCGCCAUAAGCGUGAAGUCAAACAGGGAGAACUCGACAAAUUCGCCAAAGGUGUGAAAUUGAGAAACAACGAGGUGGAUGAGCAGUUUGAUAUAGAUCUAUCUGUCAAACUGUUCGGUGUCGAAUUGGCGUAUUUAACUUACAAUGGAAAUCCCGUGCAUUUAUCGCCGCACAACAUCAUCGAUAAGAUAUUCGAUAAUGUUGAAACAGGAUUCGACAAAAUAAAGAAAUUUGAUUACAACUUGCAGAGUCGCGUGCAAUUCCUGGACGCGGAGCUCAUCUAUCCGACAAAUCUUGGCACGGCGCUCUCCGUGGGCGUGAUCGGCACCAGCGUAGUUCACUUGAAGACAUACGGUAAAUUAGACAUCCCGGCAAUCAUAAAGAAUCCACAAAACGCCGAAGCACACUUCGGUUUCGAACCUAGCGCCUCCAUUCGGAUUGCUGGUAGCCUGGUCGUUAAAGGAUUCGAUGUAGAGUCUGGCAUGAAGCUCGUCAGCACAUUGCAUACCAAUACAGCGACCGAUGUGACAGUGAAACUAUUGGAUGGCAAGGGUAUUGAUAUAAAAGUCGGCGCGCCUCUUAAAAAGGAAGUGGUAAUAAGCGCAACCGGCGAGGUCCUGUUGAGUACCGGGUCGAAAGGCGAUAUAUAUAAGCCUGCCAAGUUUGGCAAAAGCAAGGUAUACAAGGAUUGCUUCGAACAAUUCGCCACCAUUGUGGGCGUAACAGUUUGCGGACACCUAGAAUACCCGUAUGAUGGUAUAGAAUCGGUGAGCAGGAGAGCAUUUUUCCCCUUGAACGGACCGUACAAAUAUAGCCUUACCAAUGAGAACAAUGAUCUGACAAACGCCCAUCUAAAGAUUUAUUACGAUAAGACACCCAAUUCUCGAUUAUUCGAGAUCUUGUUGGAUACGCCCAACAGCAAGACUGAUAGACGCGUAUCUCUGACUGGUGAAGUCACUCUUGAGCCCAACAAAGUCGCCAAAUUGGCAUUCGAUUCUCCCAUCAAAAAGAUUUCCAUUGAGACGAUAUUGAAAUCCAAUUCUCAGGAACAGACGCUUAUAGUCACGGUGCACAACGAUCAUCAUGAAUACUUUGCUCAGGCCGGUCUUUUGGCCGACGGUGCCAACAAGUACAAGCCCAUAUUGAAAUAUAAGGUGCCGGAACAUAUCGAAAAACUAGCGGGCACCAAGUCCGGAAUAAAGACAUCUAGUCAGCAAUACAAUGUGCAGGGUAGCGUGGAGCUGAUCGAUGAAAAUGACACGAAGAAAUACGUGUUCAACAAGGUAGCUCUGGUCGCGGCCGAUCAAAAUCUCGUCGGUCUCGAUGGAUACGUUCAGUCUGGUAAAAACACCGUUGCUCUGGAUAUAAAAGCAAAUUACGGCGACGAGUCAAUCGCCUUGAAGUCACAUGGGAAAAAGCUGGGAGAACAUCACUAUUCGCUCGGUUUAUCAGCAGUGCCGUCUAGAGAUCCCAAUAUAGCAUUCGAUGUCGACUGGGAAUUGCGUAAGGAUCCACAAGAGUUCGAGAAUAAUCUAGUCUUCGUCCAUGGUCCGGAUCUAAAAUCCACAAUCAAUCGUUUCACUCUCAAGCAACAUGUCAUUACAAAAUGGGGAAAUCCGAAGGAAUCCUUUAUCCUGAGUGGAUCCAACAAAGUCUCGUAUCCCGCUACGAAGCUGAAACUGAAUCUCGAAGGAAAACUCACACCCGGUUCCAUCGAUGGCGACAUCGAGAUUGUAUAUGACAAGUUCAAGUUCGGCACGGAGCUAUCCGCCAAGCGGAACACAGCUAAACCGGGCGAGUAUGAGUUCGAAUUCGAGGCCGAGCUAUUGCAAAAUAGCAUCAAACUGGAAUCCAAACGUACGAUUGUCGACCCGCACAAGAGCAAAUACCAGAACAAGAUCGAGCUGAUCCCGGGCGGCAAGUACGAGGCCGAGGCGCUUGUGACAUAUGACAAGGGCGACAAUCGCGUGAACUUCGAGGUGGAUGGUGAUCUGGAUCUAAACGGCAAGAAGGUCAAGCUCUUUAGUAGUCUAAACGCCGAGCGUCCCACCAAUAUCCAGUCUCGAGCAUAUUUUACCGUCAACGACGUCAAGUACAUCGAUUUUGUGCUUAAAUUGCUGCGACAGGGUAUAUAUCCGCAGGGUAAUUUAUCCCUAAAUAUAAAGAACUAUUUGAACGUCGUGGGACAGAUCACGGCACAGAAGGAGAAAGGUAACGCGCAGCUCAACAUCGAUCUGCCGAAAAUCAACCGAAAGAUCAAGGGAAGCAGCGAAUUCGUGAUAAGCAGUUCACAACACAAUGCUGAUGUCGAGAUUCUAUUCGAUGCGGAAAAGGACCCGAGCAAGUGUCUCAAGUUGUCCACUAUUAAUGAUGUAAAGAAGAACUCCAUCGACUCGAAAAAUGUGAUCGAAUUGGCGAAUCACAAGAUCAAGGUGAACUGUAAGUUAGAUGGCACCUUCAACGAAGGUGAUCUGAUCGUCGACGCGGACAUCGCUCUCCCGAACGGUCAAUAUCUGACUUACAAAGGCAAGCGCACGUCCACCAAGAAAGACGACAAGUACAACAUCCACGUGAAUUUUGAGGGUCAGGAAUACGAAACUAAAGGCGGCAAGAUAUCGAAGAAAUUUACGUAUAUUGGCGAUGUUAUCGAUUUGGAUUACAAGAGGAAUACGUACCAGGGCAAUUUGCAAGCGAUCGUCGACUUAAACGGCAACAAGGGGCAGGUCGAUCUCAAUUUGAAGAACCUUGCCGAUGUCGAUGGUUAUAAGAGAUUGCUCGAAAUCGUUCUGAGCGCAAAGGGAACAUAUUUGGAUAGUGCAAAGUUGUCGGGGCCGUUUAGCCUACAAUACAAGGGUGGGGUGCGCGAAAACGGUGAACUAACAUACCAAGUAGCUUCCUCUUUGCGCAAAGACAUCCAGUUGAAGAGUUCUGGAAACUACCUCCCUGGCGAUGUCGAUAAGCCUUGCACGUGCAGCGGCAACGUGGAGCUGGGAUUGCCGUUCGAAGGAUUGCACCAAGUCAAUUUUGAUUUCAAGAAUAGCUUGCUGAGUCAGCUCAAGAAAGUCGAGUGGGAAGGCUCAUCAGAGUUCACUUACAACAAGGACAAAUCGAUCAAGUUCGAUGGUGCUUUCAAGUCAUCCGGCAUCGAUGACUGGGAACAAUUUUACGAGAGCGAUUUGAAGGUCGAUCUGACAGUCCUCAAGCUGCCGCCUUUCCUUUAUCAAGACUACUACAAGUAUGUGCCUAACGGCGACAAAGUGACAAUCAGCACCAAAUCGACAGUCAAGUACGGUCCUAAAGAAUUGACCACCACGAUCGAAUCUCUCACAUUCGAUCGCGAUUUCACGCAUAUCGAUAUAAAGGCCAAGGUUAUCACCCCAUACGAGAAUCUACGAAACAUCGACGUUGAACUCAAGCACGAGAGAGAAAAGGACGGGCACGUAAGGAAAACCGAUGUGGCCGUCACCGCCGACGGUACAAAGUACACAGCCAAGAGCGAAAUUCAAGACGGCAACGUCUCUCCGAUUAUCCAUAUAGUUCUCACUUGUCCGAAGGGAAAGACUGAAUUACUCUCGAAAUUCGAGAAGCUUGGCGACCGAGAAUACACGGGCGAAUGGAAAGUCGAGACACCCUACGGCUUCGCUGUAGCCGACGCACACGUCAACCUGCAGAGCAUCGAGAACUUCGUCAUCAACGUUAAUCUGGACAGCGACAAGCUGAAACAUCGUAAAAUUCACGCCGAGAUCACCAACAGUCCCACCGCCAAGACCGGCAGGAAAAUAAUCAUCGCCGUCACCAGCGAUGGCAAGAAUCUCAUCACCGGAAGCACAAACUACAAGAAACGUGACGAAGGUGGCAAGACCAUCGUCGAAGGCAACGGCAGCCUCAAGAUAGGCGAGAACACGAGGAGCUCGUCCUUCAAGUAUACUCGCCAGCAAUUGACUCAGGAUAAGGAUGGCGAGGUCGGCGUUAUAAUCGUUUUUAACGGCAAGUUCGAUCCAGCGGCUAUCGUGGGCGAGUUGAAACUCUCGAAUAAGGAAGUCCUCGUCUUCAAUAGCUACUGCGAACAGAGCAAGGACUGCGCUCACUUCAAGCUUCAAUCGAGCUACGACACUGAUCAAAAGAAUUACCUGAAUCAUCAAAUAACAGUGGAAGUAGACCUAAAGAAAUUCAAUGUACCGGCUGAAUUUGGAUUAAAGACCAGCACAGAAAUCACAGAAUCCAAGUUUGAUCACUCCGCCAACUUGUAUUUGCACUCAUCCAAGGACAAGUCCCAGUAUUCUUAUCACGUUUACAUUCAUCCCUUGGAAAGCGCUGCUAUUUUGACCUUACCUAAUCGCGAACUGGCCGUUAUAAGCACACUCGAUUUGCCGAAGACGAAGCAAACUGGCGCAUUCAAGGCCGAUGUAUCCGUUUAUUUGGACAGGAAGAACAAGCCAUCCGAAAAGACUGCCCUGGUCGCUGCCGGAGACAUUAGUAUCGGAAAGGAUAGCGGAUCCUUCAACGGAGAAGUUAAAUUUAUUUACCCGUCUCAGCCAAAGGAUAUGGCAGUCAAAGGUAAACUUUACUAUGGCGGCCAACACCUGCUGGACGCGAAUGUGGAUAUCGACAUCUUCGCGAAGAAGACGCAGAAGAUCAGCAUAGUGGCGAAGCUGAACCGAGAAAAAAUCGAGAAAGGCUACAAUCUCACCAGCGUGGUCGAAGUGAACAGUCGUGGUCAACAGCUUAAGGUCGAUCUCAAGUCGCACGCGGCACUGACGGAUUACGAAGUCGGUUUCGGUAGUCUAUUAACUUACACGGAUGUGCAUCAGAAGACGAAGAGCGUGGGCGUCCUGUUCGCCGCAGAUAACACGGAAUUGAAUCUUCUCGUAAAGGCGCCCAACAAGGAGCUUCUUAGGGUCGAUGCGAAACUGAAAUUAGAGAAAAAUCUGCAGAAACUCGACGCCGACUUCGCGAUUGUCGGCAACAAGCCCAUCAUAAUUAGCAUAGAAGUGAACGAUUGGAACAGCUUCAAAUAUUUGGAGUACCAGGAAGAUUCUCCCAACACUAAGAUUAGCGCUAACGGACGCAUUGUACUUGGACAAUUGGCGGAGAUUCACGCCGACGCGUUCAAGGAAGGUGUAAAGAAAAAUCUGUUCUACGCUUUGGUCCAUCUUGAUGAAGAGAAGUUCCUGAAACCUGACUUCGGCUACAAUAAGGACAAUAUUAUCUACACCCUCGAACGUUCUCGAAGCCAAAGCGUCGAGUUGCUGAAACAGCUCAAAGAUGCCUCUAUUGAAAUAAUCAAGGAGGCAGAACGGGAGGUGAAAGAUCUUUUGGAACAUUUGAAGAAGGCUCAGCCGAAUAUCAAGCCGCUCUUGGACUAUUACGAGACUGAAUUGAGCAAAUUGAAGGACGAGCUUCACGCUGACCAGACCAUCAAAGACAUACAGGCUACCUUAAACAAGCACUUCGGAGCUAUCAUCAACGCCGUGACAGACACCUUGAAGCAGAUAGCUGCACGAUUGCACGAAAUCCAGAAAGAAUAUAACGAGUUCAUCUCGAAACUCCAAGAAGCGUGGAACAAUAUCUCUCCUCAACUGAGAGAGUCCUACGAUCAUAUAGUCAAGGCGUACAUCAAAAUUCUCGACAGCCUUGCCAACGUCGCCAUAGCUUACCUCAAGGCGCUGCUCACUCUGAUCAAUGAUCAUCAGAAGGAGUUGAAGGAAUUGGCGAUCGUGGCCUCCGAGUUUGCUCAGGACAUCGCUAAAAUUAUAUUCAAGGUCGUCGGUCAGAUCAAGAAAGACGUCGAUGAGUUUGCGGUCCUGCUGCUCAACCAAGUCAAGGCAUUACCGAUCUACGAGCUCGUGAAGGAACACUACAAAGAUAUCAAAAACUUCCAAUUACCGGAGACCAUACUGGUAUCCCUCAACGAGCUUAGUAAUAUUAUAGAGUCCUCGCUGCCGACCGAAGAACUUCGACAGCUCUUCAGUACUACCUACGAAUACAUCAUAAAACAUGUUAAACACGAGAAGGUCGACGAUGUCAAUGAGAUCAAAAAGAUCUAUCAGCGUACGCUUGACGCUAUCGCGUCUCUCAUCAAGCUUCUACAAUCCAGCGACAUCUGGGACGAAUUGAUAGAGAGUUUGUUCAAGAGUAAUCUAUCUGUUCAGUUUGAAACGUUGACGAAAUUACCAGUGAUUACCUCGCUAAAGGUUUCCCUUAUCGAUAUGUUACGUAAUAACGAAUUUCCAUCCCUUUCGGAUCUCUACUACACCUACAGACCCACGCUGCUGCUCUCCGACAUAGUGCCCCCGUUCAGUAAAAUCGGCAUCGUCGUCGACGGGGGACACUUCUUCACCUUCGACGGCAAUCACUUCGGCGCACCCGGUGACUGUACCUACAUUUUGGCCCAAGACAUAGAGGACGGCAAUUUCUCCGUCGUCGCCAACUUCAACAAAGGGAACCUCAUUAGCGUGACCGUUACCGAACCUAAAGAGAGCAUCACGCUGAAGAACAAUGGCAACAUCCUGGUGAAUAACAAGCCAGCCGAUUUCCCAGCCAACACGAAGAAUCUGCACGCGUUCCUCGUUGGCCCGAUCGCACACAUCAAAUCCGACUAUGGCGUGCACGUCACAUUCACCUAUAAACUGAAAACUGUGAUUUGCACGGUCAGCGUGUCCGGCUUUUAUCACGGAAAAUUACGCGGCCUUCUCGGUGACGGCAACAACGAGCCCUAUGACGACUACACGUUGCCUUCUGGAAAGAUUACCGAGAGCGAUACUGAAUUUGCCAACGGAUACAAACUGAAGCCCGAUUGCGCGGCUGUGAACGCGAUCGAUCACAAGUCUCAGCAUAAUCCAGUCUGCACUGAGUACUUUACCAGCGAGAAGUCUGCAUUGAAAAACUGCUUCAACUACGUUAAACCGGCUCAUUACCGAGCCGCUUGCGACUUUGCCGCUAACGCAAAUCCGCAAGCUCCUUGCUUGCUCGCCGCCGCUUACUACUCCGCUUGCUAUUAUAAGCGUGUUUACGGAAUAAGCAUCCCGGCCGCUUGCACAAAUUGCAAGGCCGGCAAAGACACGAUCGCUGUGGGUGAUAGUUUCAGCAUUAAGGUCCCGCAGCACGAAGCCGACAUUGUCUUAAUAGUCGAACAAAUUGUACAAAACGAAAAACUUUUCAAAGAUCUGAUUCCAACGUUGAUAACCGACCUAAGAGAGGAAUUCAAACAACAGGGCAUAACGGACGUCCACAUCGGCUUAAUCGGUUUUGGCGAGCACAUGAAUUGGCCGCAACACUACACUUACAAUGGCAAUCUUAACAUCGAGGGUGAUGUGAAGAAUAUAAAAUUCGAAGAGGUGGAUCCGCUUGUUACCUUCGAGGAGGCCAAGAAAGGCGAUAUUGAAAAACGACUGGACUAUAUCGGGCAAAAGCUGGAUGUGGAAUUUGGCACCUUUAAGUUGACCGACGCUUACGAGGAGGGUAUCAACUAUCCGUUCAGAGCCGGCGCGGUCAAGGCUGUCGUCGGAAUUCUCGCUACCCCGUGCGAGAAGAGUCCGUUGCCUCUCUCGUUGCAACAGUUGAGAGUUAUAGUCGGAGAGAAGCUGUACCGAGACUUGGGCCUGACUUACUAUCACAUGUACUAUCCUGGCGACGUCCAAGUCUCCGGUAAACCGCAGAAGAACAUCGUUGGUUACGACAGCCAUAGCGCUUACGUAUUCGCCGAUAGCAAGAAGAAGCCUCUGAACGGAAACACCGAGCUGAAAAACAACCUGGUCCUUCCUGCCGUCGAUGUGUGUGCUGACUUUGCUGUCGCGUCUGGAGGAGCGGCGUUCAUUUCCAACAAUCUCGUGGAUGCUAAACCGAAUCAGAAGAGACAGUUUGCCCAGGUUGUUGCUAGAAAGAUCGCCGAGAAUCUUAUAAGUGUCGAAUUCGAGAAGGAUUGUACGUGCGAGCAAUACCAUGGACUUGCCGGACGUGCUCGUUGUAAGAUCGUCAAUCGCUAUAACAAGGAACAAUUCGCGAAACACACGAAGGGUGGAGUAAAGGGUUAAAGAAGCCACAGUACUGCGCAUAUUAAAAUUAAAUAACUAAUUAAGUAGAUGUAAUGUAUUUGUUACUUUGUUACAAUAUCGUAAAAGUCUCCUUGCUAAUAAGCGAUUAUAAUUUACGUUAUCUGCGAAAUAUAAUGUAGAUUUUUUAUAGCGAAAAUAAAAAAGUAAUACUCGGAUGCAAGACUCGAAUUGCGUCUCUAAAUUGCGACAAUAUUUCCUUCUCUUUUUAGACAUAGUGUAAAGCGUAAAUUAAUACAAAUGCAAUAAAUUGCUGUACUAUUUAUCGAUGUACAACCAGCGAUGUUUUAUAGAGAAAUAAAUAUUGAAUACUUGAAAGGAAAA